AUCUGAUCAGAACCGAAUACACUGCAGUUCAUUUCUUUUUCGGCUUAGUAUAGUUUUAGAGUACAUUGACGACACAAGAACAUUCUGUGCGAAGCACUGAUGUUUUCAUAUAUAUAUUGACUUUCAUAAUUUUUUCUUUUCUGUUUCUUUAGCCGAAGAUUUUGUUUAAGUGCAACGCGAUUAGACCGAUUAGACUUAGGAAAAAUCUAUCAGUUUUAAAUUGACAACUGUAAUAAGUCUGAAAUCGAAAUUAAAUUCGGAUAAAUUUGUGUGUUUAUGAGAAACAUUUUCUGUGCAGUUCGUAAAAUUACUUUGGAAUUUUGUCGGUUUAUUAUUGUUUCACUCCCUCGGCCAUAAUUUUUUUUUUAUUCGACGGUAUAAAUAUAGAAGAGAAAUGUGUAGUUUUUGUAUGUAAAUAGACGUAACAUAUAUUUUCUUCGAGUAUUUUUUUCGCCUUUUAUUGGGAAAGACUCUGUAACCUUUAACGAAUCGUUUAUGAUACUUGGAUGAGUGCAGGCGAAAAUCACAAAACAUUUCAUCUGAACCAGCUUAUCCCCUAAGUUCCAAUGGCUCUCCUGUCGAAUGGAAGCACCGUCAAACUAACGUCACCCGGCUCAGGCAAGCAGCAAUUGAACAAUCCGAACAACCACAACGACAUAUUCUUUUCCAAUUUGCUGAACAAUUUACCUCGAUCUCGAUGGGAUGGAGUUCCUUCUGUGCCAGUAACACCGAGUCCUCCUCGAAAUGGUGGCAUCCUGAACGAUGGCUUUCUGUACUCCCGUGUACUAGGGCCAAUUGGGACACAAUCAACCAAUCAUGACCUAGGUGCAGUUGGAACAAAUCCAUUAACGCCCAGUUCAUCGCCACCGUCGAACUCCUCUCCGGGAAGUGUACAUGGUGGUCUGUUAUCAAUGGUAUGUGGAAGAUGUGAAAUGCAAGCGUCAAAUCGUUGUCUGGAUUGUAACGAUUUACUCUGUGAAACUUGUGUUGCCAAACACCAAAACCAUCUACCAUUUCAAGAGCACUGCGUUGUGUUGCUGAGCAAUUUGUCGCCGAUAGGAUCGAUAGCAAAUAGUAUUGCUAACGGAUCGCCGACACAGAAUGAACCGCAAUGUGAUAGUCACUCGGAAGUAUUGAGAUACGUAUGCGAACAAUGCAAUAAAAUUGUGUGUCAAGAAUGCACGUUUCGGGAACAUAAGGACCAUAAUUGCAUAGCAGUUGCCAUGUUUGCCGACGGUGCACAAGCCAAAAUUCAAUGCGUUCUCGAGAGCGGUAAAUUGGGCAAAAAGUACAUCAAAGCCAGUAUCGAUCGGGCUGUGGCCUAUUCGCAAGCAAUCGAACGGGAUGCGGUUGAAACUACGCAAAAGAUUCGGAAGGCUAUGCGCUAUUUCAUGAAUGCUAUUGAGGAAAGAGAGCGAACUUUGCUGGAGAAGGUUGAAAAAUGUCGCCAACAAAAGAAUACAUCGCUGUCCGAUCAAAUGGCUGGCUUGAGAUCUGCAUUGGCUGGAUUGGCCUCGACAUCGGAUAGUUUGGUUAAAGCCUUAGAUACGGCAAAUUGUUUGACGCCAUUGGAGCUCUCAACUGCUCUCACAUUAGGCGAAACUCAGAUGCAACAAUUUGCUUCAAUGUACAAAAGUCUGCAGCCGAAAGAAGAAUUCAUUGCUUUCGUUGCACCGAACUUCGAAUUGAUUCAGGAGCUUCGCCUUCAAGGAGAUGUUGUGAUUACACACCAAAGAGUUUACAACAAUACGGUAACGACACAACAGUUGUCUUCGAGUGGAAAUAUGUUGAUAAGACGCCCGAUAAUUCGAUCCAUCAAUCAGACGAAAAUACUGACACCAUGGGAUCAAGGAGGGUCACACAUUGGAACUUCAUUGAAAGCCAUUACCUCGGGAAAGCCGAACAUAGGACAGUCGAUACCGGGUAGUACGUUACAUGUCACGUUAAAAUCUUCCAUGAUACUGAGUACAUCGUUCGGUUUUGAUGGGCAAGGUGAUGGCCAAGUCAGCCGUCCAUGGGGUCUGUGUGUUGACAAAGAUGGAAACGUUAUUGUCGCUGAUCGACGAAACAAUCGAAUCCAAGUGUUUUACCCAGAUGGUUCCUGUAAAUUGAUCUUUGGCGAAAAGGGUUCUGGAAACGGUCAGUUCGACCUUCCAGCUGGUAUCAGCACUGAUCCGCAAAAUCGUAUUGUUGUAGUGGACAAGGACAAUCACAGGAUUCAGAUUUUCACGGCUGCUGGAAACUUUGUACUUAAAUUCGGAUCGUAUGGCAAAGACUGCGGACAAUUUCAAUAUCCAUGGGAUGUCGCCAUCAAUUCGAAAGGUGAAAUGUUGGUUACGGACUCCAGAAAUCAUCGCAUCCAGCUAUUUAAUCCGGAUGGUCAUUUCAUUUCGCGGUUCUGUUUUGAUGGAGUUAAUCACAGUCGGUCACUGAAAGGCCUGACCACACCACGAGGCGUUUGUUUUACGCCACACGGCGAUGUAAUUGUAUCGGACUUCGAAAAUCAUCGUUUACUGUUGAUCGACAACUCAUUGAGCAAGAUUCUGGCUUUGAAAGGACAUGAGGGCACUGGUGCUCAAGAGUUCAGCCGUCCCUCUGGUAUUUGCUGUGAUGAUGACGGACGGGUUGUGGUUGCCGAUUCGAAAAAUCAGCGAGUGUUGGUAUUCUCACCAGCUCUAGACUUUUUGUGGGCGGUCGACAUCCGUCCAUCAAACAACAUCUUAAUUCCAUCCAAUUUGGAUGAAAAAGAUAGACCUAGCGAUGUCGCUAUACUGCCGGACGGGCGAUUGGUUGUUAUGGUUGAAACGUCUCCGGAUGCCAGAGACACAUCGAAUCCGCAAAAAACAUUUAUUCAAAUUUACUAAAAGGGUUCAGUUGACGAGGAACGAACAUAAUUAUAGAACUUUGAUUGAAACGAAAUGAAAAAGCAAAAAGACUGAAAGGUAAUUAACAUGAAAAUAAAUAUUUUUUAUCGAGAAUCCAUUCCAUUUGAAUGGGGGACAAUUAACGUACAAAUUUAGAGCAAAAAAAAUGUGUUUUUUGCUAUAGCAAAACUGAUUUAAAAGAAUUUAUAUUUUAGUCGAAAUAUAUAUUUAGAUGUUUAUUGAACAAAGACUGAAAUUAGAUAAAUUGAAUCAAAUAUAAGACUUAAAACUUAGACACUGAUAAAGACUGAUCGAGUUGCCAUUAAUGAAAAAUGAAAAAAAAAAAAAAUUAAGAAAAUUUAUUACCUCAAAUUGAAAUGUUUUUUUCCCUCGUAUAAUUAUGAAUGAUUUAUUAACAAUGAACGACUAUUUCUAUACUAUAAAUCGAGUAUAAUUUAAAAAUUUAAUCAAAUCCAGGACGAUUUUUUUUGUGUUAAGAAACUUUAUAAUUUGAAAUUUAAUUUUUCUUUUUAGUUUUUAAGUUGUUAAACCACAUGACUUGUACAUAUAUAUCAAAUGAAAAUGUCAAACAAUACUACCGAAACCUGAACAUUUAUUUUCCACCGUUACAAUGGAAAUUCCAAUUUCGAAUUGCAACGACUCACCUCGCGAUUUUACGUUGUAAAAUCAAAUUUUUUAGAUUUAAAAGUUUUUUUUUAUUAUUUCAACACCGAUAAAUGCUUUCUGACUGAAAAUGAAACAUUAUAUUCAGCUAUACGAUGAUUUUAAGUGUGCCCGUACAAAUAGCGCAUCAUUCGAUGAAAGGAACUUAGUUUUAAACAAUUGAAGUAUCUAUACGUGUUUCUGUUGGCGUUCAUGCACGAAAUACGAUUUUCUUCAACUAAUGAGCAAAAUUAAAAUAAAAAAAAUUAUGAAAAUGGUGCAGAAUAUUUAGAUUAGUUGAUUAGUGUUAUGAGACAAGCAGAGGAGUGAAAUUUAGAUUCAAAAAUAAGAAAAAAAAAUUAGUUCUGGCUUAAUAUUUCGUACUAUUAUCGAAACAGAGCGAAUGCACCAACAAUGACCAACCUAUUACUUUUUAGUUUGAUUCAGUUUUUAGAAAUUGAAACUGACAACCCAAGCUAAAUUUUAAAUUUUAUUUAUGUUCAAUACGGGUGUACUAUGGUUUGGGGAUCGGAACUGGUCCACAAAAAAUUCUUGCCUUCCAUAGAUGUCAAAAAUCUUUUUUUUUAAUCAUUAACAACUGGCGCAAAGUCGAUUCAGUAAAGUUUUCGAAUUUUGGUGCGCCCACAUUGUUUGUGAACCCCUUACAUUCCGAUCAUAAAACCAUUACACAACCCUAAUGUUCAAACCGAACUUGAAACGGAUAAUGCCGUAAUGUGAAGCUUUUAAGCAAACUUGAAGCUUUCGCUAUUAUGAUGCUGAACAUUUGAAAGAUCCAAUUAAACAUUUUAAUAUGAUUUUUAUGUUCCAUAUUAUGUGGAAAAAAAAUUAGAGCCAACUGAACAAACGGAAUGAAGUAGUUGCAUGAUUCAUAAAACGAAAGCUUUCGCCAAGAUUUGCUUGCAACAACUAUGACAACUACUUCAACAUCAAGAGUCUAAUAAAACCGACGAAAAAUGAAAUACUUAAAAUGUAGAAAGUAAAACUUCCGCCAUUAGAUUUGGGCUCGUUUAACCUUUUACGGACGACUAUAAUGUCAUCAGUUAUCGACAGAGAAUGAGAAAAAUUAGCUAGAGCUACGUUUUAACGAAAAAAAAAGUUUUGCGAGAGUGUUUUCGGCGCCUAUGGCUCACGAACUCACUAGACUUCUCUACAAAAGAUGGUUCCGAUUUUUAGAAAUAGAUUUUUGGAAGAAUCUGACAAACAGUUCUAGCAGUUUUUUAUAGUUGCAAAAUGAGAUUUUAGUCCAAUCUGUCGAAAAUGCUUGCAUUAAAUGAAGUAAUAGAUUCGAUAAUUAUAUCGGUGACAUGCUUAUCGUCCGUGGGAGGGUAAUUUUACUAAACAAAUUUUCCUUUAUAAUUUUUAAAUCUCUUUACGUUCAUAAAAAACUUAAAUUAUAACAAAGUGACUAGUCUGCAAGUAUCUCAAAUAAAUAUACGAAAAUAGUUAGAGACAGGCGUCUGUGAAUAUUCCUGUUUAAAAUGCUGUUCACGCAUGCGACUAGGAAUUAUAUCAAUUUUGUUUGAGUGUUCGUGAAGAGAGCUUUUUUUUGUAUUAUUUUUUAUACUAAAACGUAAAUUUGGUAUUAUUUUUGUGAUUAACGUAAUAUUAAUAAAAAAUUUUGCUUAUGGGUGCCAAAUCUAUGCCAUAAUUGAAUUGAGAUAGAAAAAAUAUCAUUUUAAAUGAACUUCAAAUUAUAAAAUUAUUUUAAAUAAAAUGGAAAGAAAAAAAAUUAAAAAAUUAAAAUUUUCUUUACAGGGAAAUACCAAAGGUUUUCCUUACGACUUAUUGAUGAAAAAUAAAAAAUUAAAAUUUUCGAACAAAAGAAUUUCCAUCAUAAAAUUAAUUAUUUGCACAAAACACCUAGUAUUUUGGCUAAAAAAAACUUUUUUUUUUUUAAAUAUUUUAAUAAAACUAAGAAAAUACAAAGAAUUUUCUGGCUGUUUAAUUUGUGUGUUUGUUGGACAAAAUAUAAAACAAAACAAAAAAAAAUCAUUUCUAUACUACAUUUUGUCAGUCACUUAUGAUCAACAAGGAAUAUAAAGAUAAUUGUGACUACAAAUUAAAAAAACAAACAAAAAAAAACUAUUUUAAGUUUACAACACUUUUUCUCCGUAGUUUGAUGAAAAAGUAAAAUAAUUUUUAAAAAAUUAUCAAAAAACAAAAUGAAAAGAAAGUAUUCAGACUUCAAAAGAUUGAUGAUAGAAUUAGAGAGAACUUAAGUUUUUAUCAUUUUCGUAGCGAUAAGAAACUAAGAAUCUUUUAUAAACGACUAAUCAUCUAAUUAUUGACAGCUACGUCAACAAUGAAUGAUGAUUGAUCACUAGCUAGUGGUCUCUGAUUACAAAAAAACGUAUAGUACAACUAAUGAAGUACAAGAUUUGGUAUCAAGCAUGACGCGAUAUAUAAAACAAAUGAAGUGACAGAUUGAAUGUGGCGAUACGCUUGACGGUUGUUUUCUAAAUGAAGCAAAACAAAAUCUCUGGGAAUUUAGAUAGAUAAAUACGCGCAAGCAAUACAAAU